AUGAACAGCGACGACACCUUUGCAAGGAGACCUAAUGUUGGUGCUCAAAUACCAGAGAAGAUACAAAAGGCUUUUGACGGCUUCUCUAAGAAAGAGUGGGAAAAGAUGAAAUACUCGGAGAAAAUAAUCUCUGUGUAUAUGAAGAGAAAGUAUGAGGCCAUGACUAAACUAGGUUUCAGGGUCACCCUCCCACCUUUCAUGCAUAAUAAACGGGUCGUAGACUUCCAGAGGAAUGAUUUUGAUAAUGACUGUAAGCACGGGAAUCAGGUUGAACGUCCCCAGAUGAGUUUCGGCAUGCUCCAGGGAAUCUUCCCGAAGAUCAUGCCCAAGAAGCCAGCACCAGCAGAAGAAGGAAAUGACUCGAAGGGAGUGUCAGAAGCAUCGGGUCCAAAAAAUGAUGGGAAACAGCUGUGCCCCCCGGGGAAAGCAAAUGCCUCUGAGAAGACUAACAAGAGAUCUGGAAAUAGGGAGGCCCAAGAAAAGGGGGAGAGGCAGGGAAGAGCUCAUCGGUGGAGCAGUCAGAACACACACAACAUUGAUCAAUUAAGUUUGUCAUCGUCUAUGGGACCCAAAGCGGGGAAACAUGCCUGGACCCACAGACUGCGUGAGAGAAAGCAGCUGGUGAUUUAUGAAGAGAUCAGCGACCCUGAGGAAGAUGACGAGUAACUCCCCUCAGGGAUAUGACACACGCCCAUGAUGAGAAGCAGAACGUGGUGACCUUUCAUGAUCAUGGGCAUGGCUGCGGACCCCUCGUCAUCAGGUGUAUAGGAAGCGAAAGCAAGUGUUCACAACAGUGAAAAGUUGACCAUCGUUUUUCUUAGUGUGCCAAGACUUCGAUGUUAGCGUUUCUGUUGUAUUUUCUUACAGUGUGCCAUUCUGUUAGACAUUAGCAAUUUUAUUGAUGAGGAAGACUUACUAAAUGCAUAUUUCGGUUUGUGUAUCCAUGCACCUACCUCAGAAAACAAGUAUAGUCAGGUAUUCUCUGUAUAGAACAGCACUACCCUCUUCUCUCCCAAGAUGUGACUACUGAGGGCAGUUCUGAGUGUUUAAUUUCGGAUUUUUUCAUCUGCAUUUACACACCACACACACACACACACACACACACACACACACACACACACCAGGUACCACUAUAAGCAUCACCCAUCUGCUUUUCCCAGUUGCCAUGCAUCCUGCUCAAGCCCCCCUCAUUCUGUUUCCUGUUCAGCAUGUACUCCCCUAAUCCUAUUCCCCUGUAUCAGUCACUGACAGUUAAAAAACUUUGCAAACGUUC